AGUCGUUAUCAUCACCAGGGUUAUCAUCACCCCCACUUUACAGACGGAGAAACUGAGGCUUAAGAAUCCCACACGUGGGAAGUGGAGGAGGAAGGGACUCGACUCAGGUCUGAGUCUGCGGCGGCGGGACCUCGCUCUGCGGGUCUGCACAGUGGGUGCUGCCGGCGGAGGGGCGGGCGGAGGGCGGCCGGCCGAGGACUUGGCAGCCGGCGCCGCCCGCGGGCCGGAGCGGGGCGCCUGGUUCUCAUCACGCGCCGCGGCGGGCGGGGCGGGGGCUGCCGUCGCGCCGCCGGGUCCCACGCGGGAGCCGCGCCGCCCCGGGCGGGCCCUGAGGCCGCCCCGCCCCGCCCCUGCGUCCGCCCCGCGGAGGUGGCCGGUCCGCGCCGCCCGCGCCUCUGCCUCGACUCUCCCGGCCUCCGGCCCCGGUCUCCGCCCGUCUCUCCAGCUCCCCGGCGCCCGCUCUCUCUCCCCCACGUCUCCCCCGCCUCCCCUCGGAAUGAGGCCCGGUUCGGCGCCCCUGGCCAACCUGCUCCGCUCGCUCCGGUGCUAGGCGGGGGCUGGGGGCUGCAGGACAGACACACCAGCGGACCGACCUUCCUGGCACCCCGGACAGGAGCAGCCCGUCACCAUGGACCCCCCAUCUCUGGACGCAGCCAUCCAGCAUGCCUUGGCAGGCCUAUAUCCCCCUUUUGAGGCCACUGCGCCCACCAUCCUGGGGCAGGUGUUCCGUCUCCUGGAUUCUGACUUCCGGGGGGAUGGGCUGAGCUUCCUCCUGGAUUUCCUGAUACCUGCCAAGCGCUUGUGUGAACAAGUUCGGGAAGCAGCCUGUGCCCCGUAUGCACACUGCCUCUUCCUGCAUGAGGGCUGGCCCUUGUGCCUGGGGGAUGAGGUCGUGGUCCACCUGGCACCCCUCAACCCCCUCCUGUUGCGCCAGGGUGAUUUCUACCUCCAAGUUGAGCCCCGGGAGGAGCAGUCCGUCUGCAUCACAAUCAAGUGCCUCUCCCUGGACCUGCGAACAGUGGACGCAAAGCCUGUCGCCGUGUCCUCCUACCCUCUCCUUUUCACUCAAGCAUGGUUGGAGGUCAUCAACAGUGACUUUGAGGGAAGUCCCCUACAACACUGCCUGGUGGCUUCAGAAGAUGGGAUCACCUCUGUGCCCUGGACCAAGAUAACCAGCCCAGAGUUUGUGGAUGACAGACCCCUAACAGUGGAUGUCCUCUCCCCAGCCUGGGAGUCCCUUCAAUUAGAGGCACUCAAUUCAAGCAGCCCUCAGGAGCUGCUCCAGGUCAGGUCCCCAGACAGCCAGGUGCUCCUUGCCAAGAGGCUGACCAAGAGGAAUGGCAGGAAAUGUGGGAACAAGUACCCAGGACUCAUCAAAGUGGAGCAAGCCAGGCCUGGGAUGAACGAUGUGGCCAGCAAGGACUUGGAGGGAGACUAUGUGGCUCUCCUGGACUUUUCCCAAGAGAGCAGAGGAGGACCUCCCAGUAGGGAGGUGGUCGCAUCCAGUGGGUGCCGUUUUGGGGCACUGGAGGAGUUAUCCAGAACUAAGGAAAUGCUUCUCUCUCAAAGAAUGCUGCCUCUUUCGGGGGCCAGUGGGGGACCUUCCUUGGAAAAAUGGACUUGUGCAAAGCCAGCAAGUUCAGAGGAGGAGCCAUGCUUUCUGGGCUUGGGGAGAAAAGUCAACCACAAAGCUCCCACCCAUGACUCAAAAAGCCAGCCCCAAGAACCCUACCUUGAUGUCCUUGAGCACCCACCGCCCUGUACCUCUGGCCUUGGGACAAACAUUUCAGAUGAGCUGUCUGCCUCCAAGAUGCAGGGACCUCUGGAAACCCCAGAGAAUAUGGUCCAGCCCAGGCCUGGACCGGGGCAAGCACCCUGUCCCUGCCCGGGCUCAGCUUCUGAUGCUGCUCCCACCCCUGACACCAGGGAGAGAGAGAGGGCCAAAUACAGGAACAGGAGGCUUCCCAAGCCUGUGACUCUCUCUGGUCAAAACACCCCCCCUUCCAGAUCGCCCACUCCUGGUCUCAAAUUCUCAUUCUUGAAAGGGCAGCAGCGAGCCCCCAUGCCUCCAGAGAAAGCCUCACUCCAGCAUGGCAGGCCUUGGAAAGGCCUGUGCUCGCUUUACUCUCCCAAACCCAGCAGAGCCAAGCCCUUGGGGAAAGCUGGAAAGAUUCAGACCAAAACAUCUGGCCUCACUGCUGACUCGGGCCCACUGACCGGGGAAAAUGCUGGCUUCCCAGAACCACCUAUGAGCCCUCCAGAAAGAGGCCCCACUCUGGAUGAGGAGCCCCCAGGGCCAGAACCCAGGAUUGGGGCUCUGAGGGUGGACAUCUUCCACUCAGGAAUAGCGUGCUUGCCAGGUGGUCGGGACAGGGUGGGGCGGCCCCUGCUUCUGGUGUCAACCACCCAGGGGGCCUGGGAUGCGCCGUGCUGCACAGCCUCAGAGGUCGCCAAGCUGCUGUCCUACCUGUGCACUGUCCCCAGGCCUGAAGAUAAAGCCAAGGGGCUGGUGGUGGUGAUUGAUGCCAGGAAACAGCCCGCGCACCCUGGUCUGGUCAGUGCCCUGCAGGCUACCCAGGCUCUUGUCCCGGCCGCCAUCCGUGCCGUGCUCUACCUGGGGGAGAAGGAGGCUGCUCUCCAGCUGGAGACAUUACCUGACACCCAGGUAGAAGUGCUGACAUCACUGAAGGCCCUCAGCGACCAUGUGGACCCCAGCCAGCUGCCCACAGCCCUGGAAGGCCCCUUCCCCUACUGCCACAGCGAGUGGGUGCAAUUCUUCCAGAAGUUGGACCCUUUCCUCGCUGACCUCCACCAGGCCUCCUCCCUGCUAACGGCUUCCAUCAAGGUGUUUGAGAAGGGUGAUCCCCCUGGAGGGGUGCAGGAGGCCUCCACACGUCUGAGGAAGUCCAAGGAGCUGAUGGAGGCUGUGCUGAGGGACCCAGGCCUGCUGGGCCUUCAGCGGGAAGGGGGAGGCACAUUGGCCCGGCUUCAGCAGGAAGCCAGUAGGCUGGACUUCAAUCCUGACGUCAGGAGCCGUCUGGCUGAAGCCACCACCCUGUAUGGCCUUGUGGAUGAGCAGCUGCAUGUCCUGGUCACUGCAUCCAACCACCUCCUGGGGAGGCUGGAGCUGCGCAUUCGCCUGGGUCGCCUGGAAGCUGCCAUGCACCAGGUCAGCCACUGGAUGGAGCGGGAAGGAAGCCGGUGCCUGCAAGCACUGACCCCCAAGGGUGGAAGCUUGGAGACGGUAGAGAAAGCCCACGCAGAGUUUGAGGACUUCUUCCUUCAGGCUGCAGCCCAGUACCGCCGUGGCCUGGAGCUGUCCAAACAGGCAGGCCGACUGGGAGCCGCUGCUGGAGGGACCAGCGAGGCAGGAGGAACAGAACUCCCGGAGCUGGCAGCCUUUGCCUCCACCCAGCGGGCCUUCCAGGCUAAGCUGACCCACUUCUACAUGGCAGCUGAGCGGCAGCGCACAGACCUGGAGACGCUGCUGUACCUGCACCACUUCUGCAAGAAGAUGACCUGGUUCCACAUGGACUGUCAGGACCUGAUGGCCCAGCUCCAGCUGGGCAAGGCGCAGAGGGCCAGCCCUGGGGACCAGCGCCGCCUCCACCGCUACCUGCGGCGACUGGCGUCCGAGUUUUCUGCAGAGAAGCUCACAGCCAUGGGGCUGCAGGCGGCUUCUCUGGGCCAGGAAGGCCUGGGCCAGGCCCUGUGGGAGGAGGCCCGGGGAAGGCACGAGAAGAUCCAGACCCUCCUGAAGAAGGCAUUGGCCCAUUGCCCAUGCCCAGCGGGUCCCACUGCCUGCUCGGCACACCUGGAGUUAAGAGGGGCAGCUGCCAAGGGCCAGGGUCUGAAUGGAGCAGUCGCUUCCAGGGGCCAGUGGGACCUGCCCCUCCAGGACUCACUAGGCCUGGAUCGUUCACCAAAAUCCCAUUGGCCAACUCGGUUCCCCAGAGUAAGGCAGAGCAGGAAUGUCCAGGCUGGCCCUCUGUCCCAGGAAGCAGGCCAGGCUGCAGAGGCUGAUGAAGGCAAAGGCCCUCAGGAGCCCCCUGCCCCUGAGCGUGCUCUCACCACCAUCUUCUCCUGGCAGAGGCUCCCCAGGCAGAGUCAGACCUCCUGCCCCACUGGGGGCAGUUUCUCCUCAGAGGGGACAGACUCACAGACAUCUCUGGAGGACUCACCCCAGACAAGUCCCCCUGCAUCCCUCUAGCUGGAAGCCCCCACCAACUGCACCAGGCUCCAGGUCAGGUGGGCAAUUGCACCCUUGGAAGGGGUAGGGGUGAGGGAACGUCUGCCAUGGUCUCUGCUCUCUCUCACUGGCUCCUCCAACCCACAGGGGCCACCAGACUGAAUUCAAGGAACCCCACGAGGUCUUGUCCUUGCACUCCAGAGAGAAUCCUCUCCCUGUCCCACAUUCUGUCUUCUUCCCCUCCCCUCUGCACCUCCUCAGACUCUAAUAGUUCUACCCUUACAAGCCAGGUCCCCCUUAGGCAGCGCCUCUGCUGCCCAGCAUCAUAAGUCCCUGCUGCUGGCUUAUGGGGCCAGGCAAGGGUAGGAAGCCAGGUCCCCCCCAUCCAGCCCGUGGUGCAGGAGGAUGAGGAGGUGGGGGGAAGGCGCCCUUACGCCUCUGAUCUCAGAGUGUCCAGAAGACAACCGGCCCUUCGCGCUGCCCACAGUAACUCCUGCUAGCUCCUCCUCUCAGCCAUUUCGCUGUGAAAGUGUGCCCUGUCUCUGCCUUAGGAUGCAUUACCAAGGUGGCCUCUGGCAGCCCAGCCCUGGAAUUUUCCUGGCUCUGGGAAGAGGGUGGGGCACACAUCCUCCCACAGCUAAGGCUGUGGAAAGAGAGGAGGCAGGACUGGAGCAGACGUAGGAGGACAGACAGGGUUCCUCAGGACUCAUGUUGGCAAAGAGCCAUGCAAGCCAAGAUGGCUUCAGGAAUCUUCUAAGACUCAAAAUUUGGUCAAGUGUGAUUUGGGGCUUGUCUGUGUCAGAACCGAGCAGAGGUGAUCAAAGGCAGCUUCUAGGAUCCCACCCCAGAUAAUUAAAAUCAGACGCUUGGGGCCCAGGGUGGCUCGAAUCUGCGUUUGUAACCAACUGCUCAGGGUUUCCCACGUGACACAGUAAAGUGGGGGGUGCUGUUGGGAAACACUUAAGGCUGGGGUCUAAGCUGGCUACCCACCCCAAGCCAGCUUUGAUUCUCACGUUUCACUCUCCUGCCUUCAUCCAGACAGGCCUGAGGAUGCAGGGAGCAUUUGAUCAGCCCAUCCACCCGUGCCUUUGCCUCAGAGAGGGGCCGAAGGCUCUGAAAACGCUGUUACCAUAGCAACAGCAUCCAGCCAGCGGGGACCACAGGCAGGGAGCCAGGAUACCUGGGGUGCAAGGAUGGAAACUGACUUCUAAGAGGCUACAGCUAUUGUGAGAGAUGCAGGAGGAGGGGGAUGGAUGACCCAAGAAUUCUUGGGAAGCAGGAGUCUCCAAAGCCAUCUUGUGCAUCCCUCUGUCUCGAAAAAGAGACAAAACUCAACAACUUGCCUACUUACAGCAGCCCAUGGGGGAGCAGGGUAUGCAGAAAUGAAAUAAAAUAAUCAAUAAUAACAUAGAAAAAGAUUGAAUAACAAAUAAUAGCUAACAUGUAUUCUGCCUUUUCUUUGUGCCUACCUAGUGUUAAGCCCUUUAGAAGUGUUGCAAGGCUUGUUGAAUUUGCACCACAAUCCUGUGCAUCCAAUACUAACGUCACUCCAUAUUACUGAGGAGGAAACAGAGACAUGGAGGUUAGGUGGUGUCUUACCCAGUGUCACGAGGCAAGUGGCAGAGCUAGGACUUGGCACAAGACUGAUGUGUCAGGCUCACCUUCGGACAAGCCUGGGCUGAUUGCUUGCUCUGUGCUCUUCCCUCAGCAGUCCUUCUGUGCCUGGUGACUGCCAUGUACCCAGGAACCUUGGCUGGGCUGGGAUCGAUCCUUUGAGUGGCCUGGUCUCCUACUGCACUCAAGACAGUGUGGCAAAGUGGGCAGUCACAUGGCUGCUGAGGCCCUGGGUUCCUGCCGAGGUUCCAUAGCUCACAGACUGUAAGUCCUGGGCCAAGUUAUGCUAUCCUCACCUACAAAAUAAUAAGAUAAUAAUAUGAUAAUAAAAAAAUAUAUAUAUA